GGCGGUAUAAGAACGGAGGGGGCGGCGGCGCGGCGGCUCACUUGGUGCCGCUGCCUGGGGGCUGGAUUGUCCCCGCUGCUCCUGCUGGGGGCUGCCCACGCCAAGGACCUGCCUCUGUCGUCUCCUCUUCCGCCGCCCAGUUUCCCUGGCGAGAACAUCCCCCAAGAUGGCAGACGAGAGCAGCAGUACCAGGGACUGUGUGUCCUUCAGCGUGCUGAACUGGGAUCAGGUUAGCCGGCUGCAUGAGGUCCUGACCGAGAUUGUGCCAAUCCACGGACGAGGCAACUUUCCAACCUUGGAGAUAACUUUGAAGGACAUUGUUCAGACCGUCCGCAGCCGGCUGGAGGAGGCAGGCAUCAAAGUGCAGGACGCCCGGCUGAACGGCUCUGCAGCAGGCCACGUCUUGGUCAAAGACAACGGCUUGGGCUGCAAAGACCUGGACCUCAUCUUUCACGUGGCUCUUCCAACCGAGGCAGAGUUUCAACUGGUCAGAGAUGUGGUUCUGUGUUCCCUUCUGAACUUCCUGCCUGAGGGGGUGAACAAGCUGAAAAUCAGUCCAGUCACUCUUAAGGAGGCAUAUGUCCAGAAGCUGGUGAAGGUCUGCACAGACACUGACCGCUGGAGCCUCAUUUCCCUCUCCAACAAGAAUGGGAGGAACGUGGAGUUGAAAUUUGUCGACUCAAUCCGGCGUCAGUUUGAGUUUAGCGUGGACUCGUUCCAAAUCAUCCUGGAUUCUUUGCUUUUUUUCUAUGACUGCUCCAGUAAUCCCAUCUCUGAGCACUUUCACCCCACAGUGAUUGGGGAGAGCGUGUACGGGGACUUUGAGGAAGCCUUUGACCACCUGCAGAACAGACUGAUCGCCACCAAGAAUCCUGAAGAAAUUCGGGGCGGGGGUCUUCUCAAGUACAGCAACCUCCUUGUGCGGGACUUCAGGCCCACCGACCAGGAAGAAAUCAAAACCCUAGAGCGUUACAUGUGCUCCAGGUUUUUCAUCGACUUCCCGGACAUCCUUGAACAGCAAAGGAAGUUGGAGACCUACCUUCAGAACCACUUUGCCGAAGAAGAGAGAAGCAAGUACGACUACCUCAUGAUCCUUCGCAGGGUGGUGAAUGAGAGCACCGUGUGCCUCAUGGGGCACGAGCGGAGGCAGACCCUGAACCUCAUCUCCCUGCUGGCCUUGCGCGUGCUAGCAGAACAGAACAUCAUCCCCAGUGCCACCAACGUCACCUGUUACUACCAGCCAGCUCCUUAUGUCAGUGAUGGCAACUUCAACAACUACUACGUUGCCCAUCCUCCAGUCACCUACAGCCAGCCUUACCCUACCUGGCUGCCCUGUAACUAACCUCGAGACCCGAGGGUUUCCACAGUGGGAACCCUAACAGGGCAAGGGCUCUCAGAUAGGGGAGCCUCCUUGUAGAUGCAGGUGUUUGGCUUUUAAAGGGGAACUCAGCUCUGAUUCUGCUUUUUUUUUUUCUUUGUGUACCCAUUGGAAUGGGUCUCCAGUAUAUCAUGAGCCAACUCUAAAGGGACCCAUAUUCCAGUGCCACUUUGGAACAUGCUAUAGGAAGUAUGACUUAUCCACAUCUUUCCAAAAUAGACACUACCGGGUCAUGUCCCAAACCUUAGCAUGUGGGGAUUUGAGCUCUGUGCAAUAAUUGAUACUGGGGGAAAGUUUGGGCAGUAUAUGAGAAGUAUUAAGCUAAAUGUCUUCUCACUUGAGCCUAGAGUUGACUGUUGGCCCACACUUGGGAUUUUGGCAGUUACAUGAAAAUUGUGCUGAUAGUCUAUUUUCUUGUAUUAAUUUUAGUCAGGCAGAGAAAAUGGUAAACAUGAGGGUGCUCUUGUGACUUCAUUUUUGCUCAAGGGACUCAAUUGCUUAUGUUUAUCCCAUCAGCAGAGCUGGGGGUUUUCUUCAACAAUAAACCAAAGCCAAUAGCUGGAGAAUUGAGAUUGGGUUAAUAGUUGUUUAUGGUAUAGAUGCUAUGCUAUCAUGAGGAAUUGUGAGGUAUUGCUGAGAAAAAAACAAAAUGACCUUAGUUUCCUGAAAUGUAACUUGAAACCAAAAUAAAAUGUGGAACAUAAUGUUAAAGUAGAAUUCUGGUGGUGGGGGGUGAUUGUAAAUAGGAAACGUGAAUGUUCAAUUUUUUUUUUCUUUGGAGUAAGGAAUUCUUACUGACUUUUUUUUUUUCCUUCAUCAGCUCUUUUCAUGGCUGACUUUUGUUUUGCUCCUCCUAAGACUAAGGAUGUGCUGAGUUCUAGAGUCUAUAUAGUAAUUGACAUGAGGGUCUUCCUGUGUUUUAAUUGGAAACCCAUUAGUCACAUUCCAAAUAUUUUUCUGGAGUACUUAGGCUCCCCCAUCCAAAAAAAAAAAAAAAAAAAAAAAAAAAACCACCAAAAACAAAAACAAAAACAAAAAAAGUGUGAUUUCCUUUCCUAGGAUUUCAGGAAUUUCACUAGAACUGAGUGACCUGUGGAAUGAUCUGCUUCUGUGGGCAGAGUUCUUUGGCUUAAAAUUGCUCUAGUGUUUAACCUGCUGUCUCUGAGCUGUGUGUGAAGUAGAAGUGUAGCAUUGUCUGGCCUUGUGGUGCAUUGCAGCAACCGAGGCACUUUGAAAUGAUUAAUUCUGGUGUAUCCAGGGAAGAAUGAAGAAUGUUCUUCCUUGUUCUGGUAGAUUUGACCAUACUUGUUUAUAUUCUGCACUUUAGAAGGAAAACAGUGUUAAUCUCUAGUCUAAAGCCAGCUUAGUAAGUGGGAGAGUUUUAGGCUACUCUUGCUUUUUCCAGUAGACUUAGAUAAGGAAUUUUGCGUGCUGAAACUUUUUGUGGGAUCUCUUAGAAAGCAUCACUUUUAAAGUAUCAAGGGCAAAGGCACUUAUUAUUGCCAGCUUGGUUUCUAAAGUAAUUUAAUCAAAUCCUUGUUCCUGAUUUUUGUCCCAAGCCUGGCCUGAUUGCUUUAAGCGAUGGAGUUAUCUUAAUGCAGAAAUUAGUGGUUUUUCUUUUUUCUACAGAUUUAUUUUCAGGUUUUCUCUGGAGUGUGAUGUCUCGGUCCUCUUAAACCAAAGCAGAUCAGAAAUAACCAAAAUCCAAGACUUAGCUGGUAUCCAUGUUGUGCUAUUUAGAUGACUAGAAGCCACUUCUUAGUAUAACCAGCUCCUGUUUCCCCGUGAGCCUAAGUUACAUUUGAAUUCACCGGCUUUGCGUUAAGGCUGGUUCUAUAUGGAAGGAACCCCAGGGUGCUUCAGAGUUCAAAGGGGGACAAUGAAGAGUGAAUCCCAAUGAAGAGUGAAUCUCAACUUUAAAAACUACCUGGUCAUCCAUGACCUUAAAAAGCUGCCAUUGUGGUCAGAUGGCAACACGUUUGCACAAACAUGACAGAUCUUGGCAGAUUUGUUUAACCAAAACUUUGAAAUGUGAUGAAGCCGUCAACAUAAGCACUUGCUAGCUUCUAACAGAAAUCGGGAUUGCUCCGACUUAGAAGGCUUGGGGAUUGGGGUAAUGAGGCCCUGGAUGAAGAUAGAAUCAGAACUGCAUCAAGUCAUUAAAUUUCCAGUUUGUCCUUGAAGUUUUUUCUGCUUAUCUGUGUGUUUUUUGUCCUAUCUGGUAAUAGUGCUCCUUUAACAAGGAUGAUGGGAGGCACAGAAUUUGCUAGAAGUUCCCAGCCCCUCAAUUGCAAGAUGGCCAUCUUACCGUAGUGAGACUUGCCCUCUUGGAAGAGCCUUUCACCUGAACUUUUAGUCGGGUCAGCUCUUUCUGUAGUUGAGAGCAGACAGGUGUUCUAGAACCAUCCAGGUAAAAAGCCUACCAUUGCACUGACCAGAGCUGCACUUUAAAACAUAACCCCUGGUCUCGUGGUGUCUCCACCUGCUCUGCGAGCCUUUUGCCAGCCUCAGAAUAGAUGGGUAACCUUGAAUUUCAGGUGUCUGGAAAUUCUAGCUGAAACCUGCCUUUCAUGCUGCUCCCAUGAGCACCAGGGUACUCUGAACUUGUACUGAGUCCAGUGGUUCCUCCUUUUUGUGUGUUGAGUAACAUGAAACUUGGCAGUAGCAGAGGGCACUAAAGUUCAAGUGCAAGUUUUAAUCAAAAUUUAAGCAGUCUCUCAUUUGCUUCAGAACUCGGAAUAGUUUUCUGAUGCUUUUUACAAGUAUGUGGCUUGUUAUCCCAGCCUGCUUCUUGGAAUCCGGUUGAGGAGCAGCGGGAUUAAAACAGUACCUUUCCCCCCUGGUGUUGGCAGAAAAUGCACACUAAAUUCCUGGCCUUGAGCAUCAGCCUUACCCUUAAAUCCCACCUUGGCAGUAACACACUAUUCCUCACUCAGUAACUUCGGCUCUUGUAGCUAAACGCUGUAUCGCUAACACCGUCACAUUCCUGCUAACUGCUUGUGGGAUGUGACAUGGCCCAUACCUGGGAGGAACUGGUAGCUGGGUAGGAAAGACGAUGCGGAGUCCAGACAUGGCUUGGUAUUCAAGUGUGUGUAUGUGGGGUGUGUGUGUUGGGGAGGGGGUAUUUUCCCCCCAGUUUGUUUCUUUUUUCUGGGGAUUUGAGUCCCAGCCAACUGUGUGUGAACCUGUGUUUUGUGGUGAUGCAUUAUUAAUCUGCUUGCCCUUCAGCCUCCCCUCUAGCACUAACCCCUUACCUUUAUGGUGGGUUAAGAUUUUAACUAGUACUGUUUUGUUAACUUUGGGAAAUGGAGCCACUCAAAAGCAACUUCCUACCUUUAGGAAUAAAGUUGUUUCUAGUUAGCUUCCAGGUACUGGAGCCUUGUUUUGGAUGUAGAUAGAUUCUUAGCUCAAACAUCCUCUUCCAGAGAGUGAAUUAUAACUAUCCAGUCUUGAGAAGAAGCCCUGAUGCUCACUUGGGCUGUUUCUUCCUGGGUUUUCUGACUAGGUCCUUUUGGGUGGACUCAGUAAAUUGAAAGAAUGUCAAGUUUCCAAGGUUAGAUUCAUGUCCUUAAUCUGGCAGACACCAGAAUGUCAUAGCUGACUUUGGAACCUAUUCCAAUUCAACCAGUUACUCAGAGGACCAAGGGAGGUGUAUAGGGGAGGAAGGUGUUUUUGAGGGAAAAAAAAAAUCUGACAAUUUUUCAGGAUUAUUUGUGGAGACUUCCAAGGUGAGGAUCAGGAAAGAAAAGUCUUCUUGUGAGUUCAAGUG